UGGCAGUGUUUGCAAUGUUGUAUCAGGUGUCGUAAAAAGCCAAUGCAUCAACAAUCAUUCGGCAGAGGGCUAAGGUAGAAUGUCCUUGGUCCUUUGAAGUGUGAGCCAAAAAAAAAAAAAAAUCCGACACACUUGCAAACACAGAGACGAGAGUGGCAAAGGAAAAGAAGAGAAAAGGGAGUGUUUGGGGCUGUCACGCAACGUUACAAAUGACAGCUGCCGUAAAGCACCACGAACAAAUUACAACACACAGAGGCUCGGUAAAUUCUAAGAGGCGGAGGAAAGAAGAAGAGAAGCAAUGGAGUAAUGAAAGCUUUCUGCAGUUAAACACACUUAACCACCUAACUAACGCGUCAUGAAAUGUAAACAUUAUGACAUGUAGGUGAAAGACACAGCAACAUGGUGUUCGAAAGCCUGGUGGUAGAUGUCCUCAACCGUUUCUUGGGGGACUACGUUGUCAACCUUGAUACCUCGCAACUAAAGCUUGGAAUAUGGGGAGGCGACGCCAUUCUUACAAAUCUUGAAAUAAAGGAAAAUGCCCUGAGUGAGCUUGACAUUCCUUUCAAAGUGAGGGCAGGACAUAUAGGGAAGCUAGAGCUCAAGAUUCCAUGGAAGAACCUCUACACCCAAUCAGUGGAGGCCACACUGGAUGGUGUCUACCUGCUCAUUGUGCCCACAGCCAGUAUAAGGUACGACGCAGAAAAGGAGGAAAAACAGGCCCACGAGGCACGUCAGAGGGAGCUGCAGCGGAUAGAAGAGACAAAACUCAAGGCUGCUGAACAAGAGAACCUAACGUUAGAGAAGCAGGACACCUUUGUGGAGAAACUGGUCACUCAGGUCAUCAAAAACCUGCAGGUCAAAAUCUCCAACAUUCAUGUGCGCUAUGAAGAUGAUAUCACCAAUCCAAAGUGUCCUUUGUCGUUUGGAGUAUCACUUAAAAACCUCAGCCUUCAGACAGCCGAUAAGAACUGGAAUCCAAGUCUUCUGAAUGAGAGUGCCAAGCUUUUCUUCAAGUUGGUUCGUCUGGACAGUUUGUUUGCCUACUGGAAUGUUAACUCGACCAUCUUCUCCAACCACAGCGCUGAGGAGGCCUUGCGGUGUCUCCAAAGCACCAUGGAUGUUCGACACUCUCUUCUGGGCAGCGUUGACUUCAUUUUCCGUCCGAUCUCUGCCGAUGCUAAACUGUGCAUGAACCCCAGGUCAGAUAUAGACCACUCUUCUCCUAAGUUGGAUCUUAUGGUUCAUCUGAGUGAAGUGGACUUUGAACUCAACAGACCCCAGUACAUCAGCAUCUUGGAGGUAUUGGGCUCAGUGGAUAUGAUGUCCAGGAACCUUCCGUACAGGAAGUACAGACCUGUGGUCAAUGUUCACAACAACGCUUGCAUAUGGUGGAACUAUGUAAUCACAGGCACCCUGGAAGUUGAUGUGAAGCCCCGUCUACAUAUGUGGUCAUGGGAGCACAUUCGCCAGCACAGACAGAAGGUCAAGCACUACAGGGAGCUCUACAAGAUGAGGCUUACCAGUAAAAAUCCCAGUGAGGAGCUUCUGCUCAUGCUGGAGGAGCCUGAGCGAUCCCUGGACCUUUUUAACAUCACGUUGGCCAGACAGCAGGCUGAAGUCGAGGCGAGUAAGGCAGGGCUGCGCAUUUUCCGUCCUGGCAUUAAGAUGGAGGAGGAGAAGUCUCAGGGUUGGCUCAGCUGGAUGUGGAACUGGGGACAAGAAGCAGAUAAAGAAACAAAAGAUGUCAAAACUACAGGUUUUGAUGGACUCUUUACCUCUGAUGAAAAAGCCAAACUCUACACUGCCAUUGGUUACAGUGAGACUGCCAUAAAUCCCAACCUGCCAAAGAAUUUUGAGAACACAAAGAUUAAAUUCCAUAUGGAGAGGCUGUCAGUGUCCAUUAAAGACAGCAGGGACAAAGAUGAGAUCAUCAGGCUGACUGUAGCAGAUCUCAAGUCCACCCUCACACAGAGGCCUGGAGCACAAGCCAUCAAGAUCACAUCACAGCUGACCCUGUUUGAGAUCACAGGUCUGGCCAGUAAUCACCCAGCUCCAACUCUUCUUUCGUCACGAAAAGCAUCCACAGGAGCAGGAAGUCCACUGCUUUCUAUUCUGUUUGAGACUAACCCGUUAGACGAGACGGCGGACCAGCGGCUGCAUGUGGAAUCACAACCUCUGGAAAUCAUCUAUGAUGCAAUAACAGUAAACAGCAUGGCAGCAUUCUUCAGGCCUCCUGAUGACCUGCGGCUAGAUGAGCUCACCAAUGCCACACUCAUUAAACUGGAGGAGUUUAGAGACCGCACAUCCACUGGUUUGAUGUAUGUGAUCGAAACACAGAAGGUUCUGGACAUGAAGGUGAACUUGAAGGCCUCCUACGUCAUCAUUCCACAGACGGGCUUUUACAAUGGUACCCAGAACAUCCUGCUGCUGGACCUUGGACAUUUCCAGGUAUCCAGUCAGAGCAAGGAGGAUCUACCACAGCUGUCAGCCACUUCCAGCAACAUUGAAGACAUCAUCUCCAGAGCUUACGACAGCUUUAAUAUUCAACUCACAAGUCUGCAGUUCCUCUACAGCAAACCAGAUGGUGACUGGAAAAAGGCUCGCAAGGAGAAGAAGUCACACAUGCAUAUCUUAGAGCCAGUGGAUGUCAAUGUGAUUUUCAGCAGAGCAAUGGUUGUCAAGGAUUCUCGUAUGGCAAAGUAUAAAAUGUCUGGACAACUUCCUCUGCUAUCUCUGCGUAUUUCUGAUAAUAAACUUCGAAGCGUUCUGGAGCUGGUGCACAGUAUACCACUACCUAAGAGUAAACCUGCCGCUCGCUCCAGCACUCCGUCCACAAUGACUCAGGCCACUGCUGCAAAGUCUAAGCAGGCUUUCCCGCUUCAGCUGACCCCUAGACGACCCCUGAACAGAGCUGACCAACGGGCCUCACUCAUGUUUGAGUCAUGUGAGACCAUCAGCCUCACUUCUUUAGGGUCAGAGGAGGAUUUAUUCUAUGAUGCUCCCACCUCCCCCAUUGCUGACCAACCCUUCUUCCCUGACAACCCCAUGCCACUGCGGUAUGCAGACUUGCAUAGAAGAAGUGUGGCCAAGGAUGAUGCUCCAAAGAACAUGACUGAUUUUUUAAUGGAGUUUGAAAUAAGUGAGUUUUUUGUUCAGUUGUGCCGCCUCUCUGAUAGUAAGGAGAUCCCAGUCCUUGACCUGGAAAUUGAGGGUUUGGGCACAGAGCUUAAGGUGCGCACGUUUGACAUGACAUCAAACACGUACCUUCGAGAGAUCUGCCUCAAAUGUCCUGAAUAUACCGACUCUGAAGAUAAGCAGGUUCAGCUCAUAACUACUCUUGAUAAUGCAGAGGAUGACCUGCUCAUACUUGAAUAUGUCAAAGCAGACAAGAAAGGUCCAGACUUCAGGUUCCAACACAACAAUACAGAGCAGCUCAUCAAGGUGACGUUUUCAUCCCUUGAUAUUCAUCUACACACGGAAGCCCUGCUCAACACCAUGAACUUCCUCAUGAACCUGCUUCCUGCAUCCAAGAAGGAAGAGGAGAAGCAGGAGGAGCCUCAAACAAUUCCUGAGGAGGAUGUGGUCGAGGGGCAGAAGAAGGAAGAGAAGAAGGAAAUGGCUGCUGUGGCCAAGAAGAAAAGUACAAGAAGUUCCAAGUUUUCAGAUGUGGUGAAUCUCCGGGUCAAGGCUGAUCUCCGCUCUCUGAAAAUCUUCAUCAGAGGACAGAGAGCCAGUAUCUCUGAGAUUUGUAUUGAAGGACUUUUUUCCGAGGUUCUAUGGCGGAAGAAGGAGAUGGAGAUUCUGACUAAUCUGAAGAACAUUGUGGUCCUUGAUUGUGACAAAGAUGCUAUUUACAAGAAGGCUGUAUCUAUAGCAGACAAGGAAGUGUUCGCCUUUCACAUGGUGAAUUACACCGAUGCCACUGAAGGAAAUGCAUAUCUUGACAUGUCUCAAGUGGACACUGCCAUCACACUGACUGUGGGAUGCAUCCAGGUCAUCUUCCUCAACAAAUUUGUUUCAACUAUUUUGGCGUUCAUCGAUAAUUUCCAAAUGGCCAAAGAGGCCUUGGCUGAGGUGACGGUCCAAGCUGCAGAAAAAGCAGCAACAGGUGUGAAGGAGCUGGCAGAGCGAAGCACCCGAAUUGCCCUCAAAGUCCACUUCAAUGCCCCCGUUAUCUUCGUCCCUCAGUCGUCGUCAUCUACCAAUGUCAUUGUGGCUGAUCUUGGUCAGCUCUCUGUCAAGAAUUGCUUCUCUAAGCAGCCCUUUCAAAGCAAUGCUGGAAUUCCUCCUGUGGUGGAUAUUAUGACAGUGAAACUGACGGACCUGAAGAUGUACAGGACCACAUAUUUGAAGAACAAACAAAAGUUUCAGGGGGAGAUUCAGCUGUUGAUGCCUGUUAACCUGGACUUGAAGAUUAUGAGAAACCUUUCAUCUAACUGGUACCACAGCAUACCUGACAUAGAGAUCUCAGCUCACCUAAAGCCUAUGACUUUGAAUCUCUGUGAGGAAGACUUGGUAGUUGUUCUAAGGACUUGGAGUGAGAACAUGUCAGAGAAGUCUGUUGAUGACUCAAACCAAAGCAGCUCUGAGCCUAUUUUUGACUCGGCAUCUGGCAAAGAAUCACAGCCAUCCGAACAGAACGGAACAACAAACAAAAAUACAGUAGUGACAGCAGCUGUCGUUGAGACCCAGCAGAAUGUCAUGGUGAAGAGUACACUCAAAUUAGACUUCAAGUUUGAUUCAAUGACCCUGAUCAUGUACAGCCCAAAUGAUGAUGAGCUUGAACUGCUGGACUCGCAUGAUGAUGAGCUGAAGCUGGCAGAGUUCACCCUGAGCUCCAUCUCUGUCUCCAUCCACAUGUUCUCCACUGGCUGCAUGAGAGCCUCGGUCCAACUGGCUACCUGCCUUCUUGAUGACAAGAGGCCCAAUGUCAAGAUGGUCACACCAAGGAUGGUGGCCAUGCGUCCUGGUGCAGAGCAGAUCAUGAUGGUGGAAGUGAACUUUCGUCAAGGUCGAGAAGGCACCGUGUUGGAAACAACUGUGCAGGACUUAUACUUAUGUGCCAGCAUGGAAUUCCUGCUUACUGUGGCAGAUAUCUUUCUAGAGGCCAGUCAGAAGGCAUUCAGUCAGAAACCACAACAAAAAAGCCUUGCUGGAUCAGUAGAAAAGAAGACCUCCUCUGUCAAAUCUAAAGAGCCCACUCCUCCCUCAGCAACAAAGAGUGAGAUUUAUGUUGUUGUGAGAAAUCCGGAGAUUGUGUUUGUGGCCGACCUGACACGGGCAGACGCCCCCGCUUUGGUGAUGACCACAGACUGUGAAUUAACAAUGAAAACCAGUGUAGAGGGCUCAAAAAUGACUGCUGCUAUCAAAGACCUAAAGGUUGUUGCGUGUCCCUUCUUGAGAGAGAUGAGGAAAACUGAUGUGACCACAGUGCUGCAGCCGUGCCAGGUGUCUUUUAAAAGUAGUGAGUCCCCGAGUUGUCCUCAGGCUAUGGAGGUGUCCAUAAGUGCUCUUACACUGAAGGUUUCUCCCAUCAUUAUCAACACAGUCAUCACCAUCCAAUCAGCUCUGACACCAACAGCAGAAACUCCUGAAGAGUUGGAGAGUCCUGUACCUGUUGACCUGUGGGAAAAGAGGGACUGGAAACUGUUAAAAUUCUGGUUUUUAGAAGAAGAGGGGGAUGAAGACACACGAUCUCUAACCCCACUGAUACCACAGGGAGAAUCACUGCAGUUGUCAAUCAAAACAAUCUGCAUUACACUGGAAGCUGGUGUAGGACAUCAUACUGUCCCCAUGCUUUUGGCCAAGUCUUCAUUCCAUGGAAAUGUUAAAAACUGGUCCACACUCAUUAACCUACGGAGUGAGCUGGACAUGGAGGUUCACUAUUUCAAUGAGGUGAUGGGAAUUUGGGAACCACUGCUGGAGCCUUUAGAGGAUGAAACUAGAGAUGGAUUUAAACCAUGGAAACUUGAACUCAAGAUGAAAAAGAAGCAGGUGCAGCCCACAAGUCUUUCAGAUGAAGUGGAUUACAACGUCCCAGACUAUAAGACCGUUAUCACUGUCAUCAGUAAAGACCAGCUCAACAUCACGCUCUCCAAGUGUGGACUGACAAUGCUCAGUAACCUUGGAACGGCAUUUGCAGAGGCUGCAAAACAGACGUCUGAGAGCUUCCAGAAAGAUAAAUCACCAUUUUUGGUGAAGAACUGCCUGGGUCUGCCCCUCUCUGUCCAUCACAGCCGCAUGUUUUGUCCCAUCUUGCGAGAGAGCACAAACUGCAUGGUGAAUCUUCAGGAUGGUGAAACUCUGGGGAUGGACUAUUCUACCACAACAGAUGACCAUUUCUCAGCCAUGAUCUCCUUGAGUGAAAAGGACUACUACAUACAGCCAACUCCAGAUGGACACACCUCAGCCUCUGUGAUACCACUAAUCAAAGUGGGCAGAGGCAUGUACAGUGUAACUCACACAGAGUCUGGAGUAAUUCGCUUUCUAGUCUGUCAAAUUUACUCUGUGGAUGGCAGCAAGUAUAUAAAGAUCCGCUCGCCUUUUCAGAUCAUCAAUCACUUCACGAUACCAUUCAAAGUUUUUGAAGGAUCAGAGUGUCUGGGUACUGCUCUGCCAAAUGAGGAGUACUGUGUACCACUGGAUUCAUACAGGUCUGAACUUAGCCUCCAGCCGAUAACCAAGGACGACGCUGAUAAUCAGGUUCCACUGUUUGAGUGCUCAGAGGGCUUCAGUUAUGAAGAUGUCUGUAACCAGCAUCAGGAGGUGCACCUCCAGCAGACAUGCCUUCAUCGUGGAAACCAACUUGACAGGAUCAUGAUAAACAUUGUACCAUUGAAAGAUACUGUGACCUUCAAUGACACCGGAGGUAUUGGGGAGAAUUUUGACAUGCCUCUUGUGCUCCACCUUUGGCCCUUCAUUCUGCUGCGCAACUUGCUGCCCUACUCCAUCACAUAUGAGCUCAAGAACAGUGAAGCCUCUACCCCUGAAACUACUCUGGACCCAGGUCACUCUGCUCAGCUUCACACCGCAGUCAUCAACCAGUCAAAACUGUGUCUACGGCUACUGAACUAUUUGGCCCAAGACUGGUCUUCUGAGUACAGUCUGCUGGGUGAACAGGACGAAAUCACCUUCAUCAUGUUCCAGUCUCUACGGGAGGCUGACGAAAAUGAUGGUGAGGAUGCAGACAGGACAAAGGCAGAGUUGGACAUAGCCAUACAUGUCAAAUAUGACCUGAGACAGAUGGAGAUUUCCAUCCACUGCCCCUAUUGGAUGGUGAAUAAGACAGGCAGAUUACUGCAGUACAUUGCUGAUGACAUCCACCGUAAACACCCGCUGGACUACGAUAUGCCGCUGCUCUUCUCAUUCAAGCCUCGCUUCUUCCUUAAAAACAAUAAGGUUCGCCUCAUGAUUUCAGACAGUGACUCUUCUGAUGAGUUUUCCUUGGAUACAGUUGGUAGUCAUGGAGAGGUGAAAUGUAAAGGCAGAUACAGGGAUUACCUGGUUGGUGUGAAGAUUGAUAAAAGCAGUUUCAGCCUCACCCGCAUCGUGACCUUUGUGCCCUUUUACAUGCUGGUCAAUAGAACAAAGCACAAUGUCUACAUCUGUGAAGAGGGCCAAGACAACUGGACCAAGGCAAAGCCAGAACAGUCAUCCAUACCUUUCUGGCCAGAGACGGACACAAAGAGGCUGAAGAUCAAAGUAGAUGGUUGUUUAUCACCUCCUCAGACCAUUAAGUUCACCCAACCCGAGAACUGUCUGCUGCUGCGUAUGGACAGCUCUGUGGGCGGGAUCAUUGUGGAUGUAAACUUGUCAGAACACUCAGCCACUAUUCGUUUCUCAGAGUACCACGAUGGAGCAGCUCCUUUCCUCAUCAUCAACCACACCAAAGACCAGACUCUUCAAAUUCAUCAGAGCAACCGGACAGAACCAACCUGGGUGGCUGAAGAGCUACUCGACCUCUCCUUCUCAGUGGAGGAGGACAGUUCCCAGAAAGUAACAGAACAGCAGGAGCUGGAACCUGGGAAAGCUGUGCACUACACCUGGGCUGAACCCACAGGGUCCAGAGAGCUUUGCUGGAAGUGUGGCUCCUAUAGUGGGGUGCUGAAGAAUGAGGAGGACUUACACGAUGACAUGAAAGGUGAAGGAAAACUCUUCGUCAUGUCCUUUUAUGAAGGCCUUCAGCGUGUGGUGCUGUUCACUGAAGAUCAGCCUGUUUACAAGCUACUCUGUGAGAGUGAGAAGGCUCAGCUGGCUGAACAGGAAAUCAUCCUGUCUCUGAAGAACAUGGGAAUUUCUCUGGUCAACAACAACAGCAGCCAAGAAGUCGCCUUUAUCGGGAUCACGAGCUCUGAUGUGGUAUGGGAAGUAAAGCCAAAGAAGAAGAAUCGGUGGAAAACCCUGACUACUAAAGAAGCAGAACUUCUGGAGAACAGUUUUAAGGAAUACAUUGAAUCAGCACCAAUAGAUAAUGGCAUCUUUGAUCUGGAAAACAAUAUUCAGGUGUUGUUUACUCCUAAUGGCACUGACAUGCGGAUGCUGCAGCCGUGUCAUGCUCCUCUUAGGAGACACUUUCUGCCUGGUGUGAAGGUGGAGUACAAUGUCUCACAACGACAGAAGGCCUACAGAGUUCAGAUCCAUCGCAUACAGAUUCAGAAUCAGCUGCCGGGAGCCAUCUUCCCUUUUGUCUUUUACCCUGUGAAACUGCCAAAGUCCAUAACUAUGGACUCAGAACCAAAACCUCUGACUGACAUCAGCAUUGUUACCAGAACAGCAGGACACUCUGAUAUCUCUCGCAUAAAAUAUUUCAAGGUCUUGAUUCAGGAAAUGAAUUUGAAGAUCGAUCUGGGUUUUCUUUAUGCCCUUCUGGACCUGAACCCCAGCACCGUCCUGGAAACCGGUCUGAUGACCUCAGAACAGGAGGUGGAGCUGUUUGAGAAGGACAUCGAGUACAUCAAGACAGAUCUGAACGAUGUGGCUGCUGCUGACACCACUCCCAUCAGCCUCUAUGAGUAUUUCCACAUUUCCCCUAUUAAGGUAAACAAAAAGAUUAAUUGUAGUGUAUCAAUGAAUCAAACUCAAUCUUGAAACAUCCGUAAGCAAUUUUGUUAUGGGUGCAAAGCAUGACCACUGACAUCUUCACCCUUUCAUUAACUAAUGAAUGAUAAUUGGUCACGCUACAAGAACAUGUUUUAUAAAUAUGGAGAUAUGUAUAUAUAU